UUUCAAUUACAUCUGAACAGGUCUCGUAAAGUUCAGGUUGUAGACGUUUCCAUAACAGCAAUGUUUAACUGUGCCCUUCCAGAGGCAAGAGAGUCAAUUUACAAGCCAGAGUCCCAGACAGUCCCAUCCGGCUAAACAGUCAGUAGCCUACUGUUCUUUCUUGUUGUUCCUUGUUUGGGGAUAGAAUUGGGAAAAGGCUCCUUUUAUAUUUUGGAUAUCUUUCUCAGGUAUGUCCUGGUGUUUUCCUUUGUAGAUGAAUACCUAUAUUAGUAUCAAAUGUUUUAGAAAAGCAGCUUUUGUUUACAUUGUGAACUUUUAUUUAAGGCCAAAUUGUAGACAAGUAGACAUAGGAAUGGGCCGGAGGACCAAGCCAAGGGCAACAAGACCAGAAAUAGGUGAUAAAUUGGUAACACCUGACCCUCAUCCAAUGGUUGUGGGAGCAGUGAAAUGUGUACUACCCAGGAAGACUGCCUUAAACUUACUUAAGGCUUGUGAAGUAACCACAAACAUCCAAAGUCCUGUCUCCAAUACGUAUGAGAGAUUAGAUAAUAGAGUGGUGAAAAUCUGUGUCAAUCUAUGGCCUGUCCUGGCUUCAGCAAAAGAGCCUGUAGAGGAAAGCAGUAGUUCGCUGGAUGAAGAGGAACCUGGGACCAGCACAGAUACAAGGACCUUCAACACAUCAAAGUCUGGUGAGCAGCGUCCGAGAGACCAAGAAAGGAGACCCCAUGUUAGACAAGAAUUGGACAGGGCUAAAGCAAGCUGUCUAGUGAAGCCUAUUUUACUACCACCCAUAAGUAAACUAUCCUUUACAACACGACAAGCACAUUCAGAGUGCAUGGGAAUGCCAGUGCCACACACAUCUCUGCCACAGAUAUGUGUAUCAGACCAAGAUGCCUUGGUCAAAUCCUCCAAGGGGACAAAAGCCAUUGAGAAUAAGGCACAAUUUCCCAUGAUCCUAUUGCAGAAGACCAGCACUUUGAUGGACAGCACCAUUAUCUCCCAAUGUAGGUCUGCCCAGGUUCACCUCCCUGAGAUCUCAGUGUCCAGUAUAGAAGGCCUGCUUCAGAGAGUUGCAGAGCGAGUGGGAAGGAGAGAGAGAAAGAGGGAUGAGACAUCGGGACUGACCAAUCCUGAUCAUCUUCUCAUGGCUGGCGCACUGCAAAACCUGAGAGAGAAGAGGCUCCAGCAUCGGGGAGACUAUAGCUCAGAGGAUGCGGUAAGAUGUCCAGAGGUCAAGCCAAUCAGUGGACAGAAAGGGACCACUCUAGUAACAGAGAAUGGAAUGCAGAACCCUGCCUCCCUCUGCAAUAAAACCAAACUGCCUGUCAUCCUUAGUAUGACCAAAGGAAGCCUUUGAACAUGGAUGAAUCACCAUCAACAAUAGAUAAAUUGUACAUGUUAAUAAAGUUGUUAGAACAAAA